CUCUGUUGUGUGUAGGCGUAACGUUACUAUGCUAAGAGACUGUCUAACUUAGCUAGCCUCAGCGUCAGAGGGAGAUUUGAAGCCCUUCCCAGUGUCUACCUGUGACCUGUGACCCCCUGUUCACCUGAGAGCUUACUGCAGCCGGAGUCAGCGGGAUGGAGGAGGAGGCCAGGUGCUUCCUGAGGAGGUUUGUGGAGGAGUUCCCAGCUGCCCUGGAGGAGGAUGGCCCGCUGCCCGUCAGCCCUCUGAGCCGCAAAGUCUCGCUGGAGGAGCUGCAUGGGGAGAGUCUGGAGCUGGGCCUGAGGCUGCUGGCCGCCAGGGGUGCUCCUGCAGGCCUCAGCGCCCUCCUGUGCCAAGCAGCGCUGUCCCAGUUACUGCAGAACGACCUUUCACCUUUCCACUGCCCCCAGGAAGUUGAGGUCAACCAGGAAGAAGAACAGCCAGUUGUCUUACUUGAGUCAGGGGCAGUCCAACGUCUCUUCCUUAACAAGCUGAUAGAUGUGGCACUGGCAUGGCAUCAAAACCUUCCCAAGCUCCCACCCGCCCCCUCUCGGUUCCUCUACUGCUCUGUUCACGCCAUCAAGAACACGAGGAGGAAGAUGGAGGACAAACACUUGGCCUUGCCUGAGUUCAACCAGCUCUUUGGAAUCCAGGACGGAGUAGAGCGUGCCUACUACGCUGUGUUUGACGGCCAUGGAGGGGUGGACGCUGCCACCUACGCUGCCACUCACCUCCACGUUGCUCUGAGUAAACAGGAGACGCUGAAGAGCGACGCAGCUGAAGCCUUUAAAACUGCCUUCAAACACACAGAUGACAUGUUCAAGGGCAAAGCCAAGAGAGAGCGUAUGCGGAGUGGCUCUACUGGUGUGGUGGUGCUGAUCCAGGGUCAGGAGCUGACUGUGGCCUGGCUGGGAGACUCCCAAGCAAUACUGGUCAGAAAGGGACAAGCUGUAACACUCAUGGACCCCCAUAAACCAGACAGAGAGGAUGAGAAACAGAGAAUUGAGGAUCUUGGUGGCUGUAUCACUUUCAUGGGUUGCUGGCGUGUUAAUGGAACCUAUGCUGUAUCCAGAGCUAUAGGUGACUUUGACCAGAAGCCAUAUGUGUCUGGAGAUGCCGACUGCUCAACAACCCAUCUGCUCGGGGACGAAGACUACAUACUUCUGGCAUGUGAUGGCUUCUUUGAUGCAGUCAAAUCUUCAGAGGUCCCACAACUAGUCCUGGAUGCACUCCAACAGCCAAGUGACCCCGAGGGUGGGACCGACGCUCCGCUGGAACAGUCUGAGGAUGCUGUUGGACUAAGAGUCGCUCAAAAAUUGGUAGGUCAUGCUAAGGCAGCCGGUUCUACUGAUAACAUAACAGUUAUUCUGGUGUUCCUGCGUCCGCCUGAGCAGCUGCUGGCUCAGGACUCCACGACUGGAACUGUAUAAGCUACUCCGGACUCCUCUUCCUAAGAUGCACCACAGCAGUGAAGAAGGAGGUCUGCUGCUCAGACACCACUGUGCCAAGCUACUGCCUGACUCAGCAUUUCUCAGCCUAUUUUUGUCCCCAGGUGCUGUCAGACAUCAUUUGAUGCAAACAAAACACCGUGUCAUCACACAGUGUCACUGCUUUAGAGGAAAAGUAUUGAUCCGACUGUAUUUCGACCAGAUCGUUUGAAAAGGUCUGCUAGAUGAUGCAGGGCCAAAUUAAGCCACUAGGGUUCCCAGGGCAAAAGUGAGCUGUGGGCCCCUAGUUAGACCUCAACACGUUACCCCAACCCAGAAACCAACCAGCAUUCUUACACUGGAAUACUGCCUGCUCCAGGCUUAACAUUAACAUUUACAUGAACUUCUGCUUUUAAGGAUAUGCACCAUGUGACCAUCAUAUCAGCUUUUUGUGCCUGUCUUUGAAAAAAUAUGAUGUGUGCAAAAAAAUAUGAUGUUCUGGUUUUAACCUCAGUGUUGAUCAUAUCAUGUGACAUUAACUUGUUUAAAAGGGCUUCGUGUUUUUGUGGGAAGUACAGUUUCCGUUAUUUUCUCUUUCAAAAGAAAUAAUGCUAACAUAAGCGUUGCAAAUAUUUAAACUUUGUUUAAAGCAAAGAAAGGCCGUAAUGAUUUAAAUUUUACAGAUUUUAUCACUACUGAAUACAUAAUGUUGAAAUUUAAACAUUACUAAAUUUGUAGCACUGAAAUAUUUAACCUUCUACUUUAAUGCUUCACUUGGUUCAAGACAAGUAUGAAGAUGAGGACAAAUUAAUGUGUUAAACAAACAUAAAACUAUCUCAGGUGACGUUGGCUGGAGGUGCUGGAGCGUAAACGUUCCCAAAGCCGGUGAAUAUCUGGACAGAGCUGCUGAGGUUAGCCUAAACUCUGCUCUUGGCUCUCGAGGCUAUUGCUAGGCUAGUUGAGGUAGAAAGCCAGUUAGUUAAACAUGUUAAUUUUGCCAAUGUUUGAGCAGAUAAACAUUACGUUUCAUUCAAUUCUGGUUGUGUGUAUGUGAGAACACUUUCUCCUCACACCAACAGGAAAUCCACAGACCAUCACUUCUGUUACACUGGGGUGGGGGUGCAUUGCUGUAGAACCCCUUGUCCAGCUUUUCUUCUUCAGAUUCCCUCAGUGUGGGUUCCAAGGCCUUAAAUCUUAUGGCUACAUCAAGGACCAAAGCCUUGGUACCUCUCACUAUAAACAAGUCUAGGACCACCACCUUGCCCUCUCUUGUGCUUCUGUUUCUCCUUUCUCUUGACAUUGUCCAGCCCUUGUCUUCAUUAACUCUUGUUAUGAUUCUCCAUGCCAUUUAGUUCAGAGCCUCACAUUUCCCAAAAAAAUGCAAGUUUUCCCGACCAUUGUUACAAAGCCGACAUUGCAGCUUUUCCAUCUGGCCCUAUCGCCAGGUUGAAGAGUUCAGGGGACAAGGCACCCCCCUGUUUGGCUCUCUUCGCAGCCAAAUCACAGUUUCACUCCUUUUCAUCUGUACUCUUGUAGUCUGCGAUGAGUUCCAGUGUCUCUUCUAUUGAGCACUUCAAGAAAGUGUUUAUUGGACAUGGUAUCUAAAGCCGUAGCAAAAUCAUUGAAUGAAUACCAUGUUUGCUUUUUUCUUUUGCUCCAUUUGCUUACCCUCUCUCUCUCAGAGCAACCUGGGUAUUCAGUGACCCCCCUCUGUUGCUCGUGCAUCUGACAAACUUCAAGUCUUCCAGUGAUGCAUAUCAGCCAACUUCCUUUUAUCAUUCACCGUAACAGUCAGUGUUGUCCAUGUGCAACUCUUUGGAAGAUUUCCACAUUGCAGGAUUGCAUCAUACAAGUCGGGCAGAUUGACACCCUUUGGGUCCCGUUGACGGAGAUCAUUUUGUCUGACACUGUCAGCUCCCGGGGCACUGGCCUGCUUUGUCGUUUUCAGUGCUUUAUUGAAUUGAACAAGUUGGCCAACUUGGGCAGUAGAAAGUGCCUGUUUCUGCUUCAUUUUGGGGGGCUAAUUGACCAAACCCCUUAAAUUUGCCCUCCACUUCCUAUAUAUCCUGUUUAGCAAUUUGUGAAAAUUUAGGAUCCAGCUGGAAAGUCCUCCUCUCCAUAGAGAGUCCGCCCGGCCACACUUGCCCUAUUCUACUGUACAUUGUCCGUGUGAUCUUGUACCAGUAAUUCUUUGCCUGUUUGAGACCUUCAAUUGUUGUAGCAACGGCCACCCAGUGUGCUCCAAGUGCCUUUGGUCUUUCGACAACUCAAGCAGACUUUCACAUUUUUGACCAGCAGUCGCAGGGGGAGCAGGACCCUGGAAGUCCUCAGCUGUGUUCAGGCAACGAGGGAUUUAACUACUGCUUUGCUUGACCAUUACUCUUCUGUCUGAUCUGUGUGUUUUAGAAUCAUCUCAUGAAUCAUCAUGAGAGAGAUUUUGAGUGUUCAAUAUUCAGUAGUGAUUAAAUCUCACAAAUAGCUUCAAUGGCUUAUAAGAUAAAUGUAAGAUACAUCUCUCCAGCUUUUCUUUGCUUCCAUAGUUUCUGUGUUGGAAUGAAAAGGUUGCCUUCUCUCGACCUCUCUACUGUUAUGACAAGUCUGUUACCUUUUUUGGUCUUAAUGCUCAGUGUUACAGUUUUUUUGUUUUUGUCAAGCUUUAGUUCUCAUCCAUUACAUCUCAUCCAUAUGUUCUCUAUGCAUCAUCAGUAUUAAAUGGAGUUUUUGGAUUGCACUCUGUGUCUUUGAGCUCAUGGAUGCAAAAAAUCUCAUUUUCUCAUGUUCUGCAGUAGGAUUGGACUUACCAUGAUAUCAUUAGUGUGCAUUCAUUGAAAUGAUUUCUCCCAAGCAGCUGUAACUGUGCCUUUACCAGCUGUGACUCAGUGAAAUGCCUCGGAAAUCUCUCACUGUGUGCUGUGGGUCGCUUUAGUGGUUCUUGAGGAAACUGAAUUCUGAACGCUGUAAUUGUGACCCACUGUAGUAAAAAGUUGUUGAUGGACUGUUUUUUCAUCUCUGGAAUACAGGGCCUGCUAUUUGUGAGCUUCAUCCAGGAAGAACUAAAUGACACAAGGAUCAGGGAGAGGCAACAGUACAGUCAGUAUUUUAGUUUUGAAGUAGUGUUAGUGUGCCAAAACCACUUACAUAUGCACCACACUGACAUAAGGGA